AUGAAGUUUGCGCGGUCGAUCUUGAACAAGCUGACUUUGACGAACUUCAAGAAGUUGGCUGCAGACCUUGUGAACAUUGAUUUCAGAGAUCCUGAAGAGUUGAAAGGUCUCGUCGGAAUCAUUUUUGACAAAGCGCUGGAAGAAGGACACUUCUGCCAGAUGUACGCGGGGUUUUGCAACGAGAUCAAGGAUAAGCUUCCAGAGUUCUCCGAGGAGGAGGCCGACCCUCUUCCCGGAGAAGAAGUGAAGAAGAAGAAAGUGUCGUUCAAGAGGUGUCUGUUGAACAAGUGUCAGGAGGAGUUCGAACGAGCCGAUCGAUACGACGAGCUUACAGACGCUGAGAACACUGGCCUUUCGGAAGAGGAGAAGGCGAACAAGACACGAAGAGUGCGCAUCCGCAUGUUGGCGAGGGUGACAGGGAAUAUCAAGUUCAUUGGGGAGCUGUUUGCUCAGAAGAUCUUGAAUGAGAAGAUCAUGCACGAGUGCGUGAAGCGCUUGCUAGGGAGCAAAGACGAGGACACCAUCGAAUGUCUUUGCAAGCUUAUGUUUACGAUUGGCAAGCUGCUUGACCGCGAGGAGGCACGACACUACAUGGAUUAUUAUUUCGAUCAGAUGAAGCAGAUGGCGAAUGAGAUGGGGAAACGGCCGGGUGGAAACAGGUUGAAGUUUAUGUUGAUAGACACUCUGGAGCUACGCAAGAACGACUGGAAGCCAAGGAGGGAGACAACUGGGCCGAAGACGAUCGGAGAGAUUCGUGAGGAAGCUGUGAAAGAGGGCUUGGUGACAUCCAUCAUGCCUCCGGGGGGUCCGAUGCGGGAUGCAAGAGCUGGUACUUGCUUGAGUUGA